UCCUCCCCGCUGAUUCGAAUUACGCUUUCGCGUUCCAUCGGCCCGAGAGGCGGCUGGGAAGUUGGUGGAGGAAGCAGCGGCAGCAGCAGCAGGAGGGGAGAGGCAGGAAGGAAGCUGCUGACUGCGAGCUACGCGGUCAUCUGAUCCCAGCCCAGCGUCCGGCAGGGAGGGCGAGGACGGAGGGAGCUAACAGCAGCCAAACUGCCUGGCCUGGCGGCAGCUUCAACUCCGCAUCCACCUUCCUUGUGCCUCUUUUCCCCUCUCCCCAUGCCAAUGCAUCCUGCGCUCCUUCUUCAGCCUUAUUCUCCCCUUCCCCCGAGCCUCCAUUGAUGCCUAAGGUUCUCCUUCCCUCGUGCUUUGAGACUUGGCACAUCUCUGCUGCCUUUCCUUUUUCCCUUUAUAUCCUUCUUCCGUUGCUCCCCUUCUCUCCCCCCCCCGCAUCUUAAAGGGAAAAAGAGACUGCCAAAUAUUUGGAGACACUUUAAGAUUCUUCCUGUUGGCGUAGAUCUCUCUCCCUGAUGUGUUCACCCUCAUUCUCCUCCUUUAAUUCGUAUUUCACUUCUUUCCUUUCUGCCCCCUUCCGUCCCCCCCAACACCUUAUAUUGUUGCUCCCUUUCCACCAUUGAAACUAUCUGUCAGUGUGCGAGUGGUGUCACUCCUCUUUUUUAAGCAUUUAUUUUUGAAGCCAGGCAGGCUUUUGGAAGGAACUAAAUUCCUCUUCUUUUCUGGACAUUUUUUAAAAAUAAUUUUUGUGGUCCUUAAUAUUCAAUUCAUCACUUUUGGGGGGGGCAGAAUCACGAAUUUUGGCCUGAGGAUUUGUAUUUCCUCUCCUGAAUGCUGGGAUUUUUAAAAAGCUAUUUUAGAAGAAGUCUUCUCCAUCCUGUGUUUGUUUUUUUGGUUCUGAAUUUCAUUUACUUCUUUCCCUGAGGGACCAGCUUGAAGCUCUUCAUCAAUUGCAACACCUUUUGGCAACCCUAACCCUUUGGGAAGAAAUAUUCUAUUGUCUACUUUUUUCUUCUUAGUGAUUUUUUUCUUUCCAUUUGUUCCGUCCCAUCUGAGGAAAACCUAAUAUCUUAAUAAACUGUGGAUCCGUGUUAGAUCUGCAGACUGCACACUCUUUUAAAAAUACAAAACAGCAAAUAGACAUUUGACACUGUGUGUUCUACAGAUUGUUGACAUAGGAAGAAACUCUCUUGGCAGACGGAAGCGUGUUCCUUGUCAUCUGACUUUAAGGAAGCAAAGAUUUGGACGGAGAAGUUUAACAUCUGUGCUCCAAAACCUGGAGGGACAUUUGGCAGAAAUAAAGGCUUCAACUCUCCCAUUUCUGAAGAUAACGACUGUGUAUCCUUGCGUCUUGACAAAUCAAUCUGAUAUUGUAUUUGGAAGUUUUUCAGGAUCUUUUGGGAAAAAGAAAAGAGGCUGGCGUGCUCAGCACCACGUCCUGAUUAAUGGCAAUGGGUCUUUGAGAUAGAACAAAUUUCCCACUGGAAAGUGUGGGAGUAAGUGGAGAAUCCCUGCAGGGAGGACUGAGCGUGAAAGAAACGGGAGGAGGAGUUGAGCUAGCACAUGAAUGGCUGCCAAAGAUUAUGACCACUUGUUCAAACUACUCAUCAUUGGGGACUCUGGGGUUGGGAAAAGUAGUCUCCUACUCCGCUUUGCAGACAACACCUUCUCUGGCAGCUAUAUUACAACAAUUGGGGUAGAUUUCAAAAUUCGGACGCUAGUGAUAAAUGGAGAGCGGGUGAAACUGCAGAUCUGGGAUACUGCUGGACAGGAACGGUUCCGAACCAUCACCUCCACGUAUUAUCGUAACACUCAUGGCGUCAUCAUUGUGUAUGAUGUGACAAACGCAGAGUCCUUCGUUAACGUCAAGCGUUGGCUGCAUGAGAUUGGGCAGAACUGUGACAGUGUCUGCAAGAUCUUGGUGGGUAACAAAUGCGAGGACCCAUCACGGAAGCAAGUGGACACAGCGGACGCCCGGCGGUUCAGUGAACAAAUGGGGGUCCGCCUCUUUGAGACCAGCGCCAAGGAAAACCUCAACGUUGAAGAGAUGUUCAAUGCCAUCACCGCCAUGGUGCUCCGAACCAAACAGGAAAAUCUGGCGCGACUCCAACAGCAGAAUGAGGUUGUCAAAAUCAACAAGCCCAAAAAGAAGCCAUCUGUCAAGAAAUGCUGCUGAAGGGACAACCUCUGUAUUCUCCUCUUCUUCCCCGCCCCCAAAUCCUGAGCGUGACUGACUGGACUGUGGAAGGGCGGGUGGGUAAAAAUAGAUGCCGUAUGCGUGUGCAUGUGUGACGGGGGGGAGGUGAGGCUGGAAUCUUGAUGGGAGGGCACAAGAAUGUGUAUGAAUGCUCACAGCACUGGAACUACACUCCCCUCCCCACAGCCCUUGGGGAGCUUGAGUUGCUGGGAUGGAAAAAUCUAUAUUGGCACUGAAAUGCCUCCUUGGUUUUGAGGCAGGGGAGAUGGGGCACAUUGAAGAGCAUUAAAAACAUUUCCUGAAACAAAUUGUAUCAAGAUGAUGAAUAGUCCCCCUUCCCCCAAAAAAAGUUACAGUGUUGCCUAUAAACUCUCUUAUGUAUUUUAUUCCUCUUCUUCCUUCCAUUCCCACCCUGUGUUGCUAUGGCAGUGCAGCACAAUAUCCAUUGUUGGGUCACUCACUAUAAAAUAUGUGUGUGGGGGGGGAGGAAAUGGGUAUCUUUUGUGCGUGGGGGGAAGACAAUACAGCAACAUCUGUGGCUAAUGAGGGGUAGGAUGAAACGGAGGAAAUCCAGGACAACUCACAAUACUUCCCCUAGCAAUAGUGAGGAUUGCCUCCGUUUUCUUCUCAGUUGGGGUUUGCUGAGCAAUGGGAACACUGUCCUGAGGCCUGGUUAAAACCCAGGAUGUAAUCUUCUCCCACUUGGAUCUGGAAUGGGAUUAUUAAUCUGUUCCUCAUAUGCCCCCCCACAAUCCUUUGAGAGACUAGCCACCUAUGUUCAUAUUCAAAAAUAGUGUUGCGACUGAAAAGCCUCUUCGUAACCUCCCUGCCCUACACUUGAAACUGAGGUUGGGGUGCCAUCCUGUCUCCUUGGCCUCCCUCCUGAAAUUGUGGAACUAAUUGGAAGGUAUGCUCCAAACUAGGAAUAUGAAACUCUAUCUGGAUGUGGUAGAUGGUCUGCACCGUACAACUCCCAAACUCUGGGUACAACAGGGUGAAAUUGUAUCUGCCCUCCCUGUGUCUUUAAAUAUGGGGACCCUUUGACUGUGCAAUAUGUCCGCUUCAUUAAUUUUAUAUACACAAAAAUGAAUUAUGUACAUAAUUAAAACAUCUUGUGUUAACCCACUGCUAAUGGCAUUAAUUAAACCUCUUAAGGAGACACCACUAUUCAAUAAAGAAAUUUAGAUAUGAAA